AUGUACACAUCUGACCGAAACCGCCAGCCUACUGCUGAUUCUUUUUCGACCAGGUUCAUCUUCCUGCAACUCUGCACGGGUGGGGAUCUCUUCACGUAUAUCGUAGCAUAUACGGAGAAAGACAGCAGGCUGUGCGAAGCAGAAUCGAAGUUUAUCAUGUUUCAAAUCCUCGUGGGUCUCGAGCAUCUGCACUCGAGGCAGAUAUCUCAUCGAGAUCUGAAGCCCGAGAACAUCUUGCUCCACUCUCCUGGGCCUUACCCUCGGGUUGUCAUUGCUGACUUCGGAUUGGCUCGCCCCAGGGCGUAUCAAGAGACCCUCAACGUCUGCGGUACAGAUCCAGGGAUUCUCGCGCUGGACCAAGAACAUCUCAAAUACAGCGGCAUGCCCUCGGAUUGUUGGAGCGCUGGCGUUGUUCUGUACAUCAUGCUCUGCGGAAGUCACCCAUUCGACGACGAGCAGAUGCCGGACUCUUCUUCAGACUGGGUCAGCCACAUUCAAGAGUCACGCAAAUCUCAAACGUCGAGCAAAUACUGUCAAAAUGAGGCUCGUCUCAAGGCUAGGAUCAUUGAAGGCACUGUCGACUACAACCCACGCAUCUGGUGCGCGGUCCCUGAUGGUUCGGCUGCUUGCAUCCCUCCUAUCCAUGACUAUAUGCGCCGUGCGACUGUCGACCAGGCACUCGCCAGUCGCUGGAUCAGUGGCGAGAUCGACCAACUCAAGAUCACGUAUCGCAACAAAGUCGGCUGA